UCCUGUUUCGGAUUUGGAAGAAGCUGCCUGCAUUUUGGUGCCUCAGAGUCCGGAGAGGCUGAGGGAGCUUGUUGGAUAUACGUUCUUUAGGCCUCCUCCUGUUGCUUGGUUGCCUUCUUGCAUCCUCUAUGAUUUCAUUGAUGCAAUGUGCAGGGACUAUGUAGAAGAACGGAGAGAACUAAUCCGAGCCAUUGCAAAGGACAGAAAACUUUGUGACAUCCCCAGGAUUUCUCAGCCUACGUUAAUUAUCUGGGGAGAGCAUGAUCAAGUGUUCCCUUUGGAGCUUGGUUACCGAUUGAAAAGGCAUUUGGGUGAGAAUGCACAAAUGGUACUAAUUAGGAAUGCAGGGCAUGCCUUAAAUGUGGAGAAGACCAGUGAAUUCCUCAAGAUAUUGAUAUCCUUUCUAGUGGAUUUUCAGCUACCUCCAGAGAGCCCAUUCAUCAUCAACUGUGAAACCAACAACGGAGUGUGAGUAACCAAACAGAGCACAUGGAGAAAGGAAAUCUUCACAUAAUAACAGAAGAAGGAAAAAGCAGGUUUCCCUGAAUAUUGGGUGACUCUGUUGAGGCACAUUCUUUUUAAAAUUUGGCUGGUUCUAAAGCUGAGGUGAGGCCUGUUGGCUAUUGCUAUUGGAAACAGUUAAAUGAAAAGGAGUUCAGUGGCUUGUUAGAUUGGUAGAUUUCGAGUCAUUCUUAGGUACUCUCGUAGUAAAUAAAAAGAUUUGUUCUCCAAUUAAUUUAUGCCACAUAUAUUAAAAUGACUUUAUUAUAAAUAACUAUUAAUGAUUUUCCAUUCAACUAA